CAUCGGGGAUUAAAUUCGUACACCACGUGCCGGUUCCGGUUGAUCUUGUUCAUUUGUGUGGAAGAAAUUUCUUAAGAGUUUUUAUUUUCGUGCAUUUUUGAACUAUGGAUUUAGGAUCUUCGUCGGCACCUUUUGACUCUAGUCAACGGGAUCAACUUAUGGACACAGUUAAACAACAAAUAGCUCUUGCAAAUGCUCAAGAAAUUUUACAGAGAAUGUCAGAGAAAUGUUUCAAGAAAUGUAUAGUGAAACCUGGUUCUUCUCUAGAUAAUUCUGAGCAGAAAUGCAUAGCUAUGUGUAUGGAUCGCUACAUGGAUUCUUGGAACUUAGUUUCCCGAGUAUACAGCAGCCGUCUAAGUAAAGAACGAGCAAAAAUGUAAAUGUGGGUUCCAAUAUUCAUGCUGCAUUGGAUUUAUUCAGGAUUGUAGAUCAUGUACCCUUUGUACUGACCUGUUUUGAAUUUUCAAUAGUAAUACUGAACAAACUUUGGAGUUCUCUGCAGCUCUUUCUUGUAGCAAUGAUGUUAUAUAUAUCAACUAUGGGAGAUAUAGAUAACGACUUGAUUCAUUUUUAUUUUUUGUCUUUCUUUAUCACCCAUGUGGGAAAAUAUUCAUUGAAACAGUUCAUUUCUGUUUUAUUUAUUUGAAAACAAAAAAAUAGAAAUUUAAAAAUUGUAUAAUCAAAA